UGCUUUUUUUAGGGGAAUUUAGUCUAUGCUUCAAGCGACCAGAGACCAGAGUGCAUCAAGCUGGGUUCAACGGCGCAGGUCGACCAGGUGAGCAAAAAAACACUAGAAAAGAAGAAGAGAAAAUUAUUGGGCCCAGCCCAGCAGGCAUGGGCUUCCGACCCAAAGGGCAACCUCCUUCUUCUUCCUCCUCUAAUUUUCUCUCGUUAAAAAAAAACUCCUGCAACAACAGAGCGACUACGGGCAGGGGUGCGGCCCCGGUUGCUCUCGUCGCCGGCUGAAUCCGACCGAGUCGGUUUGCCGUGCUUGCCAAGCUCCCGAAUAGUCGAACCUGAAUCCAUGGCAGCCGGCAGCAGCUUCUUGCCGGCGAUGACGUGCCGAUGCUGCCUGCCUCCUCUCCCUCCCCCUCCCCCUCCUCUCCUCUCCUCUUAUAAGAAGGAGCCGCGAGUAACCGUCAACAUCUUCCAUCCUCCCGAACAAUAUCCAAUCCCACCUCUCCGCCAUGAAAUCAACAGGCGGCGGGUACCAUCGCGGGCCACCGGGGAGCCACCGCGUCUGGCGCGAGCGGGUCCCCCGAGCACCACCGGCCCCGCGCUUCCCCGGCGCCGUCCCGCGCGUCCCGCGCCAAUGCCCGCCGACGGCGAGGAGCUCGGCGGCCAUCGCCCUGUCGCGCGAGUCUGGCGGAGGCGCGUCUUCGCGGAGAACGCGUGCGACAACCGCACGCCACCUCCCGCCCGCCUCGACAGGGGCUCGAGUGCGCCUCCGUCGCCGCCAACGCCCGCGGAGCCCGCCCGCCCACCUCAGCUCGCACGGCACGGUCGCCGCGGGGAGGCUCGUCGCGUCUGGCGCGAGAGAGUCGCCCGCCCGCCUGCGGCCUCGCCGCGCUCCUCGGCACCACAUCACCACCACCAGGACACGCCUGCGGCAUCGCCACGCUCGUCGGAACCGCACCACCAGGCCGCGCCGUCUCGUGCGCCGGCGCAGAGGCGGGCUGGAGCGCGGCGGCGCGAUCCUCGCCCCGCCCUUACCCGCGGCGUUUGGGUGCCGAAGGUAUCGUCUCGUCAUGACGACGCCGACCAGCCUGCGCCGCCGCUUCGUCACCUGCCUGUGCGUGAGGCGAGCCACCCUGCGCCUCCUCCUCGGCGAGAUGGCACCGGCGACGCCGACGCCGAGGCGGGAUUUCCUCAGGAGCGCCACCCUCGUCUUCCUCUUCAAGAUGAAGACGGCUCUACGCCGACGCCGAGGCGGAUCCCGACCAGCCCUCCCCUCCACCACCGGUUCCUGCUCCUCCUCCUCCUCCUCCUCCUCUCGAUGCUCAAGAAGCCAGACGUCUCCAUGUGGUCUAUAACGGGAUGACGUCGCUCUGGUGGUCUGCACACGAUCUUAGCACAGAGAGGGAGCGCCUCAAGCAGAUCGUCCGAGUUCAGGGAAACGGGAAGGAGUUGGCUCCCCGCCUGCGAGCUAUCAAGCAUAAGUCUAAAGCCAUUAUAAUCGGAUAUGAUCUGCUCGCCCAAGAGGCGCGAGAGCUCCGCCUCGCCCAGGUACGGCUUGGGGCACCUCCUCUGGAGCCUCCCGAUCUCAACAGUAGGAUUACUCUGUCAUAACAUUUGUUCGUGGCAUCAGACUCAACAGUAGGAUUUUUGGUUGUUGGGAAACCUUGUGAUGUUUCUUCGUAGAGUGUUGGAAUUACUUUGUUGUUGAGCCUCUUUUACGGUAGUACUGCAAUUUACUUGUCAGGGAGAGUAGUAGUAUUGGGCGAAAUCAACGGUUUAAAGCGUCGUCCUCGCGUCGCUCCUCAUGGGUGACUCCGGGGAGCACCCCAGCCCUCACCGCCGCCACCCUCCCCUCCCUCUCCUCCCUCGCCGCCGCCUGAGGCACUCGCCGGCAAAGCUUGGCGUGGGGCCGACGAAGGUGGCGGCGAGGUCCUGCUACGAUUCGCGCGCCCAUGCCUCGCUGGCCAUCCUCGAAGCUCGAGCUCAUCGUUGUCGAGGCGCUUCCCCGCAGCUCCAUCAUCCCCUUCCACGGAUCCGGCGGCUGCAAGUCCAGAUCCGUGGGAGCCUCAGCCCGUGCAGCCGGCCGUCGUCCUCACGCGCGCCCCUAAGCUCCUCCGCACCCGCAAUGCUUCUCGUCACCGUUGUGCGGUUCCACGGCCAGAUCCUUCGUCCUCUUCCCUGGAUCCGGUGACUGCCGGGCAAGAUCCGGGAGGAGCGCCGCCGCAAGUUCGGUCCCCCACCUCCGGCCUGUGCGUAUCCACCCUCGGCCUGCCGUCCCGCCUUCAACCGCUCCAACACCGGAGGCGGCCGCCCUACGUGGCCCGUGCUGCUCAGCUAGCCCGGGCAGAUCCGGCGUGCCCGCCUUGGCCCCCAUGCCCGAUCCAGAUUCUGUGCCGCUGGUGGACUUCAUCGCCAUAUCCAAUGCCGGUAUCGUCCUCUUCAAUUUUGCCGCCCUCCACUCCACCAAGCCCGUCCCUUCUCAGAUUGCAAUAUUUAUCCGAUGUUCAUGUUGAUUAGAGUGACGUUGUAUACUCCUCUUUUCUCUCCUCGUCCCUCCCUCCGUUGGCUGUGGUUCAACCACGCAUGCCUUCGAUAACCAUGGUUUGCAGAUGGCUGCUCUGGUGGCGGCACCGUUUAGCCUAAUGGCUGGUGUCGUGGUUGGAUUUGGAGAUCUCUAUUCAACUUGGUUUCUGUUCCAGGAUCCAUGGAUUUGCAGAUGACGGCUAUGGAGAUGGUCGUGAUAGAGUGCGUGUGUGCCGCUAAAGGUCAAUCCGAGUUCCAUCCAACUCCAUUUAGCUACUCCAAAUCUCCAACAAAUUUUUGCUCGGUAGCCUUGUUGUCAUCUUAUGUCGUUGUAUGUGCCCUUCUUCUAAACUCCUCCACUGGGUAAACCACCCCCUUUGGGGAGUUACCUUUCACUAGUGACACUCUUGGAGAGUAUGUGACCAUCCUGUCGCUCUUCUCCUCCUCUCGGAAUAACCACCCUCUGGUGAAGGAUUUGCGUGACAUUUAUGCGUGCUCGAUGAGCCCCGCCGUCUAUUGUUUUCCCUAAUGAUGGCAUCGAUGCGGCUUCCUGAUGAUGAUGCUUCGGUUUUCUCGGCUUAGUUUCCAAGCUUUGGUUUGAGCUCUCUGGUUAUGAUCCCCCGCCCUCUGUGUUGUCUAUGACAGUCCUCCUCCUAUUGCUUGUGAUCCCCCGUUCGUUGAUUAUAACAUAGUCUAUGCUGAAUAGCCUAGCUCAUGUUUAGUGGGUUCAUUGGUGUUGUGUUGUAAUCAUGUACUGAGUUUUUUGUCUUUUUCAUAUGUUGUAUUGCCCCUUGGGUUUCCUUUUGAGAAUAUAUUCACGUGGGCUCAAAACAAAAAAA